GGUUGGGGGGGGGUAGAGAGCUCCGAGUUGGUGAGCAUCAAACAGGAGGAGGAGGGAGAGGCGACCACAAAAGGGGGAAUCGACAGAGAAGGCAGCGUCGGCUUCAUCGUCUUGCGCGGAUCAUCAGGCGGGGAGCACGAGGAGCACGAGGAGGAGGAGCACGAGGAGGAGGGAGUCGUCGCCCGCGCGCGUGCCCGUGGAGCAUGCGCCUCCGAGCUGCCGCUGCUCGUCUCGGGUCGGCGCGUCCGCAGCCCCGAGAGAGAGGAUUGAGAGAGGAGCUCGCAGACUCUGACCCCUUGCAGCAGCAGCAGCAGUAGGCGGAAGCAGCUGAAGCGGGAAUAGCGAAGCAGCAGCAGCAAGCGAAGAGCUGCAGGAGAGGAGCGAUGGCGAGUGAGAGCGCCCCUGCGAGAAGCCUGGAUGACAUCGACCUGGCAGCGCUCAGGGAACCUGCUGGCAUAUUUGAAUUGGUGGAGGUCGUUGGCAAUGGAACGUACGGACAGGUGUAUAAGGGUCGUCAUGUCAAGACUGGGCAGCUGGCCGCGAUUAAAGUCAUGGAUGUCACCGAGGACGAAGAGGAGGAGAUCAAGCUGGAGAUCAACAUGCUGAAGAAGUACUCGCACCACCGCAACAUCGCCACCUACUACGGCGCCUUCAUCAAGAAGAGCCCACCGGGGCAUGACGAUCAGCUUUGGCUGGUGAUGGAGUUCUGCGGCGCCGGUUCGGUCACCGACCUGGUGAAGAACACGAAGGGGAACAGCCUCAAGGAGGACUGGAUCGCGUACAUCUGUCGGGAGAUCCUCAGGGGCCUGGCUCACCUCCACGUCCACAAGGUCAUCCACAGGGACAUCAAGGGACAGAACGUCCUUCUCACCGAGAACGCCGAGGUGAAGCUCGUCGACUUUGGCGUGAGCGCCCAGCUGGACCGCACGGUCGGGCGCCGGAACACGUUCAUCGGCACGCCCUACUGGAUGGCGCCCGAGGUCAUCGCGUGCGACGAGAACCCCGACGCCACCUACGACUACCGCAGCGAUCUGUGGUCCCUGGGCAUCACUGCGAUGGAAAUGGCAGAAGGCGCCCCCCCGCUGUGCGACAUGCAUCCCAUGAGGGCCCUCUUCCUCAUCCCGAGGAAUCAGCCUCCUCGACUCAAGUCCAAGAAAUGGUCGAAGCGUUUCCUGAGCUUCGUCGAGAACUGCCUGAUCAAGAACUACACCCAGCGGCCCUCGACCGAACAGCUGCUCAAGCACCCGUUCAUCCGUGAGCAGCCCAACGAGCGCAAUGUGCGCAUCCAGCUCAAGGACCACAUCGACCGCACGCGCAAGAAGCGCGGAGAGAAGGAUGAGACAGAGUACGAAUACAGUGGAAGUGAGGAAGAGGAGGAGACGGACGCACACCAAGAAGGAGAACCAAGCUCCAUCGUGAACGUGGCCGGGGAGUCGACGCUGCGAAAGGAUUUCCUGCGGCUGCAGCAGGAGAGCGGGCGCGAGCGCGCCGACGCCGUGCGGCGCCAGCAGCAGCUGCUGGCCGAGCAGCAGCUGCAGCAGCGCCAGCGCGAGGAGGUGCAGCGCCAGCUGCAGGCCGACCGCCAGCGCCGACUGGAGCUGCAGCGGAUGCAGAGGAGGCACCUCGAGGAGCAGCAACGCCGCGCUCGCGAGGCCUCCAAGCAGCAGGAGCGCGAGCACAAGCGUCACCGCGAGCUCGAGCUGGAGCGCCGGCGUGAGCAGCAGCAGGAGCUGGAGCGCCGGCGCGCCGACGAGCUGGAGCGCCGGCGUGAGCAGCAGCAGCAGCAGCAGCAGCAGCAGGAGGCCGAGCGCCGGCGCGCCGACGAGCUGGAGCGUCGGCGUGAGCAGCAACAGGAGCUGGAGCGGAGGCGGCGCGACGAGGAGGUGCGGCGGAGGGAGGCCGAGCUGGAGCGCUGGCGCCGCGACGAGGAGGAGCGCCGGCGGGCGGAGCGCGAGCAGGAGCUGAUCAGGCGGCAGUUAGACCAGGAGCAGCAGGAGAUAGAGGAGCUGCAGCAGCAGCUGCUGCAGGAACAGGCCCUGCUGCUGGAAUGCCGCCGCAAAGCGGAGGCGGAGAGGCUGCAGAAGCAGAUCCAGCAGGAGAAGGACUUCCUGAUGUCGCUGCAGCAGCAGCAGCAGCAACAGCAAAGCGAAGGCAGGACGUCGCAGGGCGACAAAGCGCGUGUGGUGUACCAGUUCCUGGAAAACAAGCCUCCCGCGGACAAGCCAGCCUGGGCCAAGCAGGUGGAGGACCGUUCGAAGAUGAACAAGAAGAGCUCCCCCACCAACAGCCACCGCGGCGGGGACGCCGGGCCGCAGCCGGUGCCGGCCGACGCGCUGGCAAACGGCGCGGCCCAGGCCUCCUCCUCCGCCGGCGCCGGUGCCGGCGCCGCCUCCUCCGCCGCGUUCCAGCGCGGCGUCGACCCGCAGGUCCAGGUCGCCCACCGCAUCUCCCUCCGGCAGCAGCAGCAGCAGCAGCAGCAGGUGGGCGGUGGCGGUGGGGCCGCACCCGCGAUGCCACGAUCCCACUCGUUCCCCGAGCAGGAGUCUCCGCCGCUCAUCCCCUCGUCCGCCUCCGCGCCGUCACACCCGCCCACUGACGGCCCCACGCGGAGGCUGCUCGCCGAACCGCCGGCCGCCGGCAUGGAGGAGGUGCCCCCAAAGGUCCCUCCGCGCACUACGUCACGAUCGCCGGAGCUCAUGCGGAGGAACUCGCCCGGCGUCUUGCCGGCAUUCACCCCUCGACCGAGCGGCCAGUCCCGACUGGCAGACGCUAAGGCCGCGGAGGGGUUGCCAGACGGUGCGGACUCGCGGAGCCGGCACCAGAAGCAGUACGGCAGCCACUCCAGCUCGGGAUCCGGUUCCGGAUCGGCCUCCAGCUCUUCCGGCUCGCAGCCCAGCUCCGGGGAGCGACAGAAGCCCCGCGCCGCUGCGCAGACGAACGGAGCUCCGUCCUCGGACAGCCUGGGCGUCGGACAGGACGACGGGAUGGACGUGGCGCGGCCCGCUCGCCCUCCGCAGACGGUGUCGGGGGCCCCGCCGCGCAGCGCGGUGAAGGUGACGGACUACUCGUCGUCCAGCGAGGACUCUGGGGACUCGGACGAGGAGGGCGAGGUGGACGCGGAGGGCCGGCACGACGGCACCAUCCCCGUGCGGGGCAUGCACCGCGCCACCCACCCGUCGGCCGAGACCCUGAUCGUCCAUGACGAGGAGGACGAGGAGGAGGAGGGGAGGGACCCGGAGGGAACGUUCAUCCUGCACGAGAACGGCGGCGACAAGUCGUGCGGGCAGCUGAACGGGCUGUCCGCGCGCAGCGGCGUGCUGCCAGAUCUGCUGCCCCAGGGCACGGGGGGCGGAGCGCUGGGGGCCGCUCCGGGCUGCCCCUUCUCGGCGUCGUCCUCCUCCUACCAGGGAGACGGCGAGGAGGCCGUGAGCCCCCGCGCGGCCCAGAAGGCCAUCUCCACGUCAUCGUUCGCGCCCUUCGCCGAGAACGGGAUGCUGCCCUCCGGAUCCGUUUUGCUGUCGACGCCCCAGGCCAGCCGGCUGGACUCGCGGAAGGGCUCCGUGGUGAACGUGAACCCGACGAACACGCGGCCGCACAGCGACGCGCCCGAGAUCCGCAAGUACAAGAAGCGCUUCAACUCCGAGAUCCUCUGCGCCGCGCUCUGGGGCGUGAACCUGCUGGUGGGCACGGAGAACGGGCUGCUGCUGCUGGACCGCAGCGGGCAGGGCAAGGUCUACCCGCUCAUCAGCCGGCGCCGAUUCCAGCAGAUGGACGUCUUGGAGGGGCUCAACAUCCUUGUCACCAUCUCGGGCAAGAAGCACAAGCUGCGGGUCUACUACCUGUCGUGGCUGCGCAACAAGAUCCUGCACAACGACCCCGAGGUGGAGAAGAAGCAGGGGUGGACUACGGUGGGCGACCUGGAGGGCUGCGUGCACUACAAAGUUGUGAAAUACGAGAGGAUCCGCUUCCUGGUGACGGCGCUGCGCAACUCGGUGGAGGUGUACGCCUGGGCCCCCAAACCCUACCACAAGUUCAUGGCCUUCAAGUCGUUUGGCGAGCUGCCACACCGCCCCCAGCUGGUGGACUUGACGGUGGAGGAGUCCCAGCGACUGAAGGUCGUGUACGGUUCCAACGCCGGCUUCCACGCCAUCGACGUCGACUCGGGCAACCCCUACAACAUCUACCAGCCCACUCACAUACAGGGCAGCGUCUCGCCCUACUCCAUCAUCGUGCUGCCCAACACGGACGGCAUGGAGCUGCUGCUGUGCUACGAGGACGAGGGCGUCUACGUGAACACCUACGGGCGCAUCACCAAGGACGUGGUGCUGCAGUGGGGAGAGAUGCCCACCUCCGUCGCGUACAUCCGCUCCAACCAGAUCAUGGGCUGGGGCGAGAAGGCGAUCGAGAUCCGCUCGGUGGAGACGGGACACCUGGACGGCGUCUUCAUGCACAAGCGUGCCCAGCGCCUCAAGUUCCUGUGCGAGAGGAACGACAAGGUGUUCUUCGCGUCGGUGCGUUCAGGAGGUACCAGCCAGGUGUACUUCAUGACACUCAACCGGACGUCCAUCAUGAACUGGUGAAAUCGUCUGCCGGUGGCGGUGCUGCCGGUGCUGGCGGCGGCGUUGGCGGUGGCGUUGGCGGUGCUGGCGGCGGUGCUGGAGGUGGGGUGGGGGGGGCAGCUGCGGUGGAAGCCGCCCAGCAGGGGGUGACUGCCCCUACAGCAAGAACUUCCCCUCCACGAACGGAAAUGCAAAAUGCAAACAAAAAGCAAUUGCAGAUUCAACAUCCCCAACACCGCGAUAAAAUAGGAAUCGCCGUACGGAUGGCGUGUGCGUGCGUGCGUGCGUGUUUUAUACAAAACAAAAAAGCUAACGCGAAUUUCUAAUAAUGCAAAUAAGACAGACUUUCUUUUUUUCUUUAUCCUUUUUUUUUGUUGAAUCAAAAGGUAGGGAGAGGGGGAGAGACAGUGUUACGCUGGAGGGGGGUGGGGGGGGUGGGGGUUAUGGUUAAACGCGAAACUGUUAUCGGCCGCAAACUGCGAUCGUUCGCGGCGAGGGCCAGAGAGAGGGAGGCCGGCCAAACGCACGCAAUCCCCGCCGCGUGACAGGGCAAGGGGCUUGCGUCUGGGCGAGAGAGAGAGGGAGCGCGUUUCCACUUAUGUUUCGGUUGAGCAGCGGUAGCGCGCGGUUGUCGAGCGAACGGGGACGGGGUCGCUGUGAAUCUUUUCGCGGGCCGGGCCGUCCCGUGGCCCCGUAGUCGAGCAUCGGGCGUCCGGGAUUCCCUCGCGCCCCCCCCCCCCGCCCCCCCUCCCCGUCUCGUGUUGUACCGCCACGCGUUGUUCAGCAGCGACGUCCGGCGUUUCAACGAAACUUAGAAUUUUUUUUAACUUUAGAUUUAUUCAAAUAAAACUUUACUGUUUUUUAUUAUUUUUACCAGGUAAGGCCCACUGAGCCAUUAGCUUUUUUUUUUUCAGAAGCGACCUGGCUGCAAAUGA